GAAAUGGGAGGAGCGUGUGAAAAAAACGGAGCAGAUUCCACAUGACUGUAGUGCAGUGGAAACACAGGGAGAGCAGCAGUCGAGGCGUGGGUGAGUGAACAUCAUGGGACGUAAUCUCAGCGAAUGAACUACAGCAGUCUGGAGCUUCAUCCCUUCAUCCCAGAGCGCACAGCUGCGUCUGCUGCUGAACCUCACUGGACAAUAUAACAGCACUGAAACUGAGAUUACAGAGUCCUGUUUUAAAGUUUAGAAUAAUGAGAGUGAAUUUUUCUGCUAGUUGGAUAUUUCAAGGAUGGAUCACACACUUCGUUCUUGCUCUGUGCACGCAGGCAGGGCUGGCCAUAAGCUGCCAACAAAACGAAUAUGAGCACAACGGGGGAUGCUGCAGAAAAUGUGAACCAGGAAAAUACAUUUUCGCCCAUUGCGACGGCAGCUCGAGCACAAAGUGCCGUGAUUGUGGCCAUGAAGAAUACCAGCCGGACUGGAACAGUGACACUAAAUGUAUUCCUCAGAAGUUCUGCGAUGAGGGUAAAGGAUUUAACCGCACUCGUUUACACAACCCUACAGCGGCUGAACCUUGUCAGUGCAAGCAGGGUUUCCACUGCUCUCUGAUCAACUGCGAAUACUGUGAGGCCAUUAAAAAAUGUCCCGCAGGAGAAGGAGUCGUAAUGGGCGAGACGGGCAGAGCUUCCUGUGUGCCUUGUCAAUAUGGAUAUUUCUCAGAUUCCAUAUCAAUAGAAGCCUGCAAGAAAUGGACAGAUUGUAAAGCUAUCGGCAAGACCGAGAAACAAUCAGGAAGCUCUAAGACAGAUGUGGUGUGUGGAGUCCAUUCUACUGGUAUGACACCCUGGGUGCUGGUGGCCAUCCUCUCGGUCAUCAUUGUGGUGUCCCUGGUUGUUCUCUUUUUGUUUUGCUGCAAGGAUAAGCUGAACUUCCUCUCAGUAAAUCUACGCACUUGCGUCCAAAACCUGAAAGGAAGUAGGAAUCAACAGUGUCUGGACUACAGCAGCCCUGCUGGCAAAGAAGCCAUGUCGGAGAUGAGAGGCAUCUAUGGGGAGCGAGGUCCGGUUGAAGGGCUGUAUAGACAGAACGAACCUUGUUGCUGCAGCAUAGACUCCACCACCGUUCCACCUCUGCGGUCGGUCAGCGCUAAUGACCAGGGCCUUUCACUGAUCCACAGCGAUGACCGCAAACUGUCCGACCCCGAUGCAGACUUCCAGAACCAGUGCUCAGAAUCCGCUCUCACAUCUGGUCAGGUGACGGGAAACAACAACACUACUUUUAUCUCCAGCGGGCAGGUGAUGAACUUCAGCGGUGAGGUCAUUGUGGUGUAUGUCAGUCAAACGUCACUGGGGAGCAGCGGAGGAACAGACGAACCCUUCAGCUGCCCGGUUCAGGAAGAAUCCAACGAUGACAGUUUUCAAAAUGAGCCCAAAUCUAACAUAACCGCAACACCGCAGGCCAAGAGCAGGAAUGGACACCUGGAAAAACACCUGCCCGUGCAGGAAAUGACCAACGACUGGUCCUGGCAGAAAUAAAAAGCUUCAAACAUUUCCUACUAGACUGGAAUUGACUUUGUCUCUUUUUAAAAUGAUUAUUAUUGAUUAAGGAUGGGUGUACGACAGCCCGUAUAGCAACUAGAGUGCUAUUUCAUGAAAAAUGCUAUGCAUUUGUUGACCUACGUAUUUAUAUUGUAUAAAUUAGCUACUUGUUGUCGGUUUUGCGGUUUCAGCUUUGAGAGGAUCUCACUGGUGCGGAUGCUAAUGAACGGAUGA